GCCCUUGGCCCUGGCAGACGCCCCAAGAUUGUUGUGAGGAGUCUAGCCAGUUGGUGAGCGCUGUAAUCUGAACCAGCUGUGUCCAGACUGAGGCCCCAUUUGCAUUGUUUAACAUACUUAGAAAAUGAAGUGUUCAUUUUUAACAUUCCUCCUCCAAUUGGUUUAAUGCUGAAUUACUGAAAAAGGCUAAGCAAAACCAGGUGCUUUCUCUGCAGGCUCUCCGGCGGCUCGGAGGACCCAGGCUCUCCCCUGUCCUCUCCACGCCUCGCUCAUCCCCCCAGGAAUAAAACUAUCGCGAGCCCCAGGGCGCAGAGGAGGCUGAAGUUCAGGAGCUGCCCCGAGGGGCCUGCACGGCGAGCUCUUUUUUGCCCUUUGCUUCUCCUGCUCACGCAUCUUGGACAUGCCAGGAUUAAAAAGAUACAAAUCUGGCUGUUGCAAAUAUCAAAAAGCCCUGGGAUUUGGCUCUGCACUUGAUAAGGAUACUCGCCAUUACCAUGCUGGCUCUCUGUCUUCCAAGUCCUGGGAAUGCACAGCAGCAAUGCACUAACGGUUUCGAUCUGGACCGCUCGUCAGGACAGUGUUUAGAUAUUGAUGAAUGCCGGACCAUCCCUGAAGCCUGCCGAGGAGACAUGAUGUGUGUUAACCAAAACGGCGGGUAUUUGUGCAUCCCCCGAACAAACCCAGUGUACCGAGGGCCCUACUCGAACCCCUACUCGAACCCCUACUCAGGUCCAUACCCAGCAGCUGCCCCACCGCUGUCAGCUCCAAACUACCCCACGAUUUCGAGGCCGCUAAUAUGCCGCUUUGGGUACCAGAUGGAUGAAAGCAACCAAUGUGUGGAUGUGGACGAAUGUGCAACGGAUUCCCACCAGUGCAACCCUACCCAGAUUUGCAUCAACACCGAAGGAGGGUAUACCUGCUCCUGCACCGAUGGCUAUUGGCUUCUGGAAGGCCAGUGCUUAGACAUUGAUGAAUGCCGCUAUGGCUACUGCCAGCAGCUGUGUGCAAAUGUUCCUGGAUCCUAUUCCUGUACAUGCAACCCUGGUUUUACUCUCAACGAGGAUGGGCGGUCUUGCCAAGAUGUGAAUGAGUGUGCAACUGAGAACCCCUGCGUGCAAACCUGUGUCAACACCUAUGGCUCUUUCAUCUGCCGCUGUGACCCAGGAUAUGAACUUGAGGAAGAUGGUGUUCACUGCAGCGAUAUGGAUGAGUGCAGCUUCUCCGAGUUCCUCUGUCAACAUGAGUGUGUGAACCAGCUUGGCACCUACUUCUGCUCCUGUCCCCCUGGCUAUAUCCUGCUGGAUGACAACCGAAGCUGCCAGGACAUCAACGAGUGUGAGCACAGAAACCACACAUGUACCCUGCAGCAGACUUGCUACAAUUUGCAAGGGGGCUUCAAGUGCAUUGACCCCAUUCGCUGCGAGGAGCCUUAUCUGCGGAUCAGUGAUAACCGCUGUAUGUGUCCUGCUGAGAAUCCUGGCUGCAGAGACCAGCCCUUCACCAUCUUGUACCGGGAUAUGGAUGUGGUGUCAGGGCGCUCUGUUCCUGCUGACAUCUUCCAAAUGCAAGCCACGACUCGCUACCCUGGGGCUUAUUACAUUUUCCAGAUCAAGUCUGGGAAUGAGGGCAGAGAAUUCUAUAUGCGGCAAACGGGCCCCAUCAGUGCCACCCUGGUGAUGACACGCCCCAUCAAAGGGCCCCGAGACCUGCAACUGGACUUGGAAAUGAUCACUGUCAACACCGUCAUCAACUUCAGAGGCAGCUCUGUGAUCCGACUGCGGAUUUAUGUGUCGCAGUACCCAUUCUGAGCUGCGGGCUGGAGCCUCUGACACCGCCUCUCCGCAGCACCAAGGGACAGGACAGAGAAGAAACAGAGGGAGAAGGAGAGCGAGACACACCUUACACCUUCCUUGCUGGGCAUUUCCUGAGGAGUCAGCCGCCACGUCCUGGCCCCACCUGUAUUAUUGUAGACCUGUCACUCUGAAGGACAUGCUUCCCCCAGUUCCUACGAUGCAGUUAUCGAAAAAUAUUAUCAUUGGCGCUCUGACCUGAGAUCGAUGGUGAUUUUUCAAGGCCUCCAGUUUACUUUCAUAUUUUUCAAGGAAAAUAGAUUAGGUCUGCUGGGGUCUGAGUCCCUGUUCGGAGACUGUGAACAGCUCUCUCUAGCCUCGUUCCUGCCUUCUUUCUAUCUCCCGCCGACUGCUUCUUUGCAAAGGCCUGAAGAAUUCGUGGGGACGCUUGGCUAGUUAGUUUGCUUCUUGUAUGUACAGAGAAGGCUACGGAAAGAAGCCGCAGCAGGAUCUAAGGGUUUUUGCAGACUCUAUUUCAAAACCAUGUCUGGCAUUUUCAGCCAUAAAAGGAGUUUUAGUUGUCCUUUAAUUUGUGUACCUGUUUAAUCCUCUCUUGUUCAUUUUGAGCAUUUUUAAAAAAUAAGUGAGUCUCCUUCCAAAGGCCUGAAGACACAUGUUCUAUUCUGUCUUCCCCAACCCAGUCCUGUCUCCAUCUUAGCCCAGUGUUUUCUUUGAGGACCCCUUAGUCAUGCUUUCUUUAGGAUUUUUACCCAGCUGGGUUGGACGGCAGAGGUCUCCAAACAUUAAAUAUUUGAAAAGAUCUCAUGUUUGGUUCAUUUGGCAUUGUAGGUGAUUCACCUUUGGGUUGGUUCUAGUUCUCCUUAAGCCCAUUUAUUGUGUACUGGCUUGCAAAGCUCUGCAGAGAGCCCUGUCAUCAUGUGUACCACAGAUACAUGAUGGAGUGUGGAGGGCAGAGAAGAGGGCGUGGAGAAGAAAGGGAGAAGCAUCAAUGCUGAAACCUAUUUCAUUCGAUGAGAAAACAACUAACAGUCUAUUAUGUGGAUGAUUUCCAGAUAUUCCUCCAGGACGGGAAUGUAUUCAAGUUAUUUAUUUAUUUAUUUUAAAAAAUGGAAGUAUAGUUGAUACACAAUAUUACAUUGGUUUCACGUCUACAAUGUAGUGAUUCCACAGUUAUAUACACUACGAAAUUCUCACCAUGAGAAGUGCGGUUACCAACUGUCGCCAUACAAAGCUAUCAUAACAUUAUUGACUGUAUUCCUUAUGUUGUAUGUUUCAUCUCUGUGACUUACUUAUUUUAUAAUUGGAAAUUUGUACCUUGGUAUCCCCUUCACCUCUUUUGCCUGUGGCCCUCAACUUUGACUGCAUAGUAGGAUAACUAUUGGAGUUUUUAAGAAAAAAACUUAUUUCCUGGGCCUCACUCCCAGAGAGAUUCUGAUUUAAUUGGUCUUAGGUAGGGCUCAGGGAUCAGAAUUUUUAAAAACUAGUAAAUAGCCAGAGUUGGGAAUGCAUUAUUAUAAACUCUAUAAAGAGAAGGGACAAAGGUGGCCCAAACCCUGGCCACCUUGUCCUCGACAUCUUUUCCAUCGCGUGUAGAGUUCAUCGUCCUUUUCCUGAUCAGGGAUCCUGGAGUCCCUUGAAGGUUUAGAACCCCAGGCCAGGGGUGGAGAGAGUCAACAGUGCAAGACACCAGUCGGAGGACAGUUGACUCAGCUGCCCUUGUGCCCCCUCCCAGGAGACCAUCUGAGCAGUCAGAGAAGGUACACUCUCUGAUGGCUGAAGUUGAGUCUGCAGGAUAGACACCCGCAUUCUGUCUGUCCAGGAUUUAUUUAUGAAAGAGCUCCUCUGUGCCCGGAACGGGGCCCCGGAUUCCUAGGUUAGCAGAGCUGCAUAGACCCACAGUAGCUGGUUCUUCAGUGGAGGGGACUGCAUGUUCACCCAGAGAGCGUUUCCCACACCCACAUCGCACACCGAAUUUUGCUGUUGGCUGUGGUUAUUUUUUCUCUAACUAAACUAAGCAAUCCAAACCAUUUCCCAUGGUGCCCCAUCAGUCAGAUUCAAGUGGUGUUAAUAAUAACAUCAACCACAGAUGGCUCAGAAGGCCUUGGUUUCGUGGCUCAGAAGAGAAAGGACGACUUCCUAUAGACUUGCCAGUAUGCAGGCCCAGCUCAGCUCUCCACAGAGCAAAGAGCGGAAGGUGGUGGGGAGCCUGGGCCCCCCUGUGUGGGGAGUCUUAGGUGUCAGGCGCGGGUGUGGAGGUAGAAACGCUGAAGGUUUAUGUAUACUGUGCACCGAGCUGCUCUGAAUUACUGACUCAGGCCCAAUACAGAGCACAGGAAGUUUUCAGUUAAUUUCUGAAAACAAGGAAAGGAAGCUUGCCUUGGUGAUUUGAGGACCCACUGGUUUCUGAGGUGCCACAUUUGGAACCAGACCCAAGUCUCUAGGGCUUGCAUUUUAUUUGUCCAUGUCAAAAUGUGGCUUCCUGCUUCUAAGAAAAAGGUCUCUGAGACACUUUAAGGCGGGCUCAAAGGCUUCUUGGCCCUCAGAUUGCUCUUUCCAAACACGGUCUGGUGCGUUCAGUGUAAAUGAAUCAGAAGCAUGUGCGAUCAAUUUACCUUAAAAUACAGUGGGGCUUAAAAAUGAAGGGAAAAACGCCCUGGGACAAAAUGUGUACUGUGAGGCUAAAACCAAAACAGUUGGAAAAGAGUUACAGAGGCUCCCAGAGCCCAGAAAGCUGUUGGCUUCACCCAACCCUUGGGAAUAGUCGAAUGUUACUAUCUUCACAAGGUUAGGAAUAAGCUUGCUUUUGAAUCACAGCACUGUGUUUCGCUGGAGCGUGAUGGGGUGGCUGUUGCCUGGGACUCAGAUAUCCGGGCUGCCCACACCUGUCCCCGGUCAGCUUUGCCCAUCCUGGAGCUGGGCUGAGAGCUUAUCAGAUGACCCCUGUGGUAACUGCGCCAUCAAGUCCUGAGGAAUGGAGGGUUCUGUGGUGGCAGAGGCGCCAGAUUAAGAGCAGGACACACCUGCAAAAUCCUUGUGUUAUCCCCUAAUCUUCUGCUGAGUUCAGUAUGGAUGAAAACUUCCAUUCAGCCGCCUCUAAUUCUGAAGUGUUGUGAUUCCUUGAACGGCACUUUGGGGAUGACAGCCAGCAUUUCCAUUAAACUGCAGUUUUAGAGUUUCACAGUGCUUUGCCAAUCAUAACAUUUUCUAACUGGCACAGAAUCCACCUACCUGUUGCCUCUCAGGCCUGGGUAAUAUACUUAGCAAUUUUCUUAGGUAACUGUCUUGGCCCUUGGGGUGUUAUUUUUCCAGAUGGUGAAAACAUUUCAGUAGGUGUGAUUACUUCAUUUUCAGUGGCUUAAAUGUAUUUUUGUGGUCUGAGUGUUAACUGUAGUGUGCACAGGUUCUUCAUCUGAAUGAGCUAAAAGAGGCACCUAGAAAAAGAUGACACAAGUAAAAGAGCAGCUAUUCUUUCCUUCUCUUUCAACAUAUGAAAUCCUGUUUGCAAAGGCUUUUGUCUUGGGAGGAGAACAUACUUUGGUUGAGCACACACCCACUCAGCUUUGAUUCAGCCAGUUUCUGGGUUCAGAGAUGAACAAGAUGGAUAGAGUCCACUGAUAUAUUUCCAAGGGUUCAUGCAGCCUAGGAGAUGAAACUGGAAUACAGUGUGAUAGGUGCAUCUUAGUAGUGUGAACAAAAUUAUUUUGGUUAGAUUUUGAUAAUUGUUAAGACAUCUGUACACAACAGAAAUUGUUGUGAGUAUCCUUAGACACAUCUGAAAUCUAGAAAAAGAUGUUGAGGUGGGAGGGGGAAAUGGCAAGGUGGGGCAGAUGGAGGGGCUGAGCUGACUGGACUGGCUGGACGCAGAAACAAUGGGCAGCAUGACCUGAGAAACUCGCUGGAAGAGGCCAAACCGAGAUGGAGCCCAGCAGGACGGAGAAUAGAUCUCUUCCUUCAUUAAAAUCUCAUUUACGUAGUAAAGUUUCAUGCCCAUCAGCGCCCUGACAGUUUACAGUUGUCAUGACAAUCCCAAGAAAAGACCUGAUAAAGAGAAGCACCUCCUCUUCUAGAAUUCUCCCCAGAGAAAUCAUGACCAUUCUGCCCCCAGCUUUACAUUCUUGUUGUACUUCC